AUGCCAUCUUACGUUGUCGUCGGCGCCUCGCGGGGCCUUGGUUAUACUUUUCUCAAAGUCUUGGCCACUGAUCCAAAUAAUACCGUGAUUGGUCUUGUGAGGGAUGACGUUGCUGUGCAAAAGAGGCUCGUUGAGGACGGGCUUACAUCUGUUCGCGUUUUCAAAGCGGAUGUUACAAACCUUGAAGAGCUCAAGGCCGCUCGUACAAAUAUCGAAGAGGUCGUUGGCGGAAUUGAUUAUCUUAUAUGCAAUGCCGUAUAUAAGACAACGGCAACACUUCUCCGGAACCUCGCCGAGUAUCCAGAUGAUUUAGAUUACCUAGAGACUGAAAUCUCUAAGUCAUUCAAGGUCAAUGUCGUUGGCCUGAUCAACACCAUCAAUGUUUUUAUGCCUUUGGUCCAACGCAGCUCCAUUAAGAAGAUCAUUGCAUUGACAAGUGGCAUGGGCAGUUGCGCCUUUACUAAUGACUCAGGCAUUGAUGGCGGCAUACCUUAUUCUGUAUCAAAAGCAGCGGUGAAUAUGCUGGUGGCAAAGUAUAAUGUGACAUACAAGAGCGAGGGCGUUCUCACUAUGGGCAUUUGUGCUGGCAGCGUUGACACUUUCGAGGGAGAGAGGCCUUCAUUUUCGGAAAAAGACACGGCCAGAUUCGGCGAGUUUGGGACCAAACUGCAGGCCUAUUCGGCACGUUUCGCAGGCCCAGUCCCCCCAGAAGACGGCGCGCGCCAGCUUCUCAAGGUCAUGCACGCUUCAAGCAUUGAGGGUGGAAACGGUGGAACAUGCGUGUCCUACUUCGGAUCGACUAGUCAAUGGCUUUGA